AUGGGUGAUGAUGAUUCAUUUCUUGCCUUACUGGUUUAUGUUGAUGAUAUUAUCAUCAUUGGACCAAAUCUUGCAGUCAUUGAUGGUUUAAAACAAUUUCUUCAUGGUCAGUUCAAGUUCAAGGAUUUAGGUCAUUUGAAAUUUUUUCUUGGUCUCGAAAUAGCUCGGUCUUCUGCAGGUUUGGUUCUUUCUCAAAGGUAUUAUGCCUUACAAUUACUUGAAGAUUCGGGUUAUCUUGCUUGCAAACCCGCAGCUGAACCGAUGGAUGCCAAAAUUCAGCUUUGUGCUGAUGAAGGUUCUCCUUUGUCGGAUGCUUCACAAUAUAGGAGGUGGAUUGGUCGUUUGUUAUAUCUCACCAUUACUUGUCCUGAUAUUACGUUUGUCGUUCACAAGUUAAGUCAGUUCUUAACCAAGCCAAGGGAACCAUAUUUACAAGCUGUUCAUCACUUACUUCGUUACAUUAAAGCCAGCCCAGGACAGGGUCUUUUCUAUUAUGCCAAUUCAUCUAUUCAGUUGAAAGCAUUUUCUGAUGCUGAUUGGAGUUCUUGUCCAGAUUCUAGAAAAUCAAUGACUGGUUUUUGUAUUUUUGUGGGAGAUUCUUUGGUUUCUUGGAAAUCCAAGUAA